AGAUGGAUUUGUGGGUUUGGCAGGUGAUGAACUGCACAUGCGCUCUGGGCUCUCCUCCGCGACGGGAGAAAUGUGUGCGAAACGUGGAAUUACAAUGAGGGGAAAUAUUAUCGAUCAGUUGAAGCAAAAAUGCAUUCAAAAACUUAAACAGCAAAUGCAACUGCGGCUUGUUAUGCACAUUUGGUCAACUUUCUGUUACCGAUCGAUUAUCGAUUCCUGGGCAGUGUGCAUGCUUACCACGCACAAGCGCACCAAACAGCCGCCAGGCGCUGUAUCGACACUGAGUGCAGCUUACGUCUCCAGUGUUGCGUUGAUAUUGGCCGUGACAGGUAUAGGUAGCCUACACAUUAGUACGCCUUCGCUGGCUCAGGGUUCGUGUUUUGUAUGGAGUCUAAAUUUAGGUCACUGAAUUGAAGCCGGCACGACACGACAACUCUUUGAUGGACUUGGAGCGACUGUACUCUAUUGUGGGAUGGAUGCUGCGAAAAAGAGGGAGGCCUCAGUACGAUGGCACGCCUUAGGAGAAAAGUGAAUUUUAAUGAGGCGUGGACGAGGUGGCGAAUCGGAAACAGGUUGUCGGGCUCCAGGCAAAUUGGUCGUUUUAAGCUCGAACAGGACACCUGCUCCACGUGACUCAGGAAUUUAGAGCGCUCGGAGAAUACAGAAAUUCAUCAGAUUUCGUGGCUCUCCAACACCUCACUGCCGACGCUUGGGAUCAUUUUCUUAGAAAAUUCUCGUCAUCUUUUUUCAAUCGCGGCAAUUUUAGUUACAGCAUGUUCAUCGGCCACCUCUGGACCCUUCCACAAUCAGUGACUGCAAAUGAUUGGGCCAUUUUCGUCAUUUUUGUCCAGCGAGUAUCCAAGCCGUCGUAGACAAUAAUUAUGGGCUUAGUGGAGAUCGCCAGAGCCAGACGAAGUCGUUUCUAAGAUACAAUGCAUGCACUGCAACCAAACGGGCUGACCAACGUGACACCCCCCCCCCUUAGUUUUGUUGCUGGCGAAGAUAUCGUCGUCUCACUUUCAAAAACUCGAAGAUUAUUUGUUUAGGGCGAAGUGGCGUGGGUUUCAAUGGGUAGAUACGAUCGUAUGCCUGACUUUCCGCAUGGUUCAUCAUUACCCAUAAAUCGGACUUUGAGAUGCUCUCAUCAUUGUGUCCACCCCGCACUGCCUGCUCCCUACCGGACCUGAUGGUGUGUUGCGAAGCAGGGCGAGAGCUUGCUGGAGUACCAUCGCCGGGAGUGUGCAGCAUCAAUUCAUUCCGAGUUCAAUCAUUAAUGGGACUAGACGGCGGCUAUCCCUCAGCCUCGGCACUUGCAAGAUCGUUUGGGUGGUUAGCUCGGAAGACAAAACUCGCUACUGAGUAAUGCUGUGCUAGAAACAGGAUGUAUGUGGAUUUCUGUGGACAAUCCCGAACAUGGCGUCUGCUGAAUCCUCGCCCACAUCUCCGGCGAACUCGACUAAAGUGCAACAUUUUACGAUCCCUGGCGAAUUUGUCGCGGCGUUUGUUGGGGUGUACUCACCCUUGAUUCUGGCUAUCUUGUUCGGCAACUCGCUGGUCUUGCUUGCCGUGUACAAGGAGAAGGGCCUGCGCAAGCGAGGCAAUUCCUUCAUCGUCAGCCUGUCCGUGGCCGACUUCUUGACGGGCCUGGUCGGGGUGCCCACGGCGAUCCUUGGCCGACUGCUCCAGAACAAGGUCACCUGUUCCACGGCCACUCGUAUGGUGUUCUUCACCGCUGCGUUCACUUUCUCGGCGGUGUCCAUCUUCCAGCUGCUGGCCAUCACCGUCGAACGGUACUUGGCCAUCAUGACGCCGCUGGUCUACCACACCACCAUGUCGCCACGCCGGUACUCUUACAUAAUCGCCUGCGUGUGGGUGUCCGGGUUGGCAGUUGGGAUCAUCCCCAAUUUUGGCUCAAGCGAGGACAAGGACGUGUGCAACGCCAACUACGAGCCCUCGCACGCCGUCCAGCUCUUCAUGCUCAUCUUUGCCCUGGGCAUCCCGACCGUGCUGGCCUCCAUGGGGCUCAUGUACUUCCACAUAUUCCGGAAGGCCCGGCUGCAGGCCAACCGCAUCGCCGCGCUGCGCCGGGCCCUACACCGCGUGGAGGAGCACCGGACGGCACAGGAGCAUUCGGCCCAAAUGAAGGCCACCAAGACUACGGCCAUCAUUCUGGGCGGCUUUGCCGCCUGCUGGAUACCCAUGUCGCUCAAAUUCUUCCUGGAGGUGUUCAUCGACAUGGACGCCUACACCAUCCUGAUCCUGCAGACGGUACUGGAGUUCUCGGCGUACGCAAACUCGGCCAUCAAUCCCGUUAUCUACUGCUACCGCAACGCAGAGUUCCGGACGGCGUUCUGCAAAAUUUUGGCACCGCUGAAAAUCUGCUCGACAAGGACGAGACCAGUGCGGGUAACCCCCGUUGUGCCGCUCCGGGAGAGCAGUGUGUCGUCACUGGAAAACUGCAGAAUCGAAGGAUCUCAUGCAGUAGGGGUUAUAAACAUAACAUAACAUGUUGAAGCUAAGGAGAUGUUGCCCAAGAAGGAACACUGUUGGUGUAAUGACAACAUACGGCAUAUUGACACGUAUCAUUAAUUUCACCCUUUAUGUGACAACUCACUCUUGAGCCGCUCUUCAAUGUUUUCAAACAGUGUUUCAGUGAUCAAUGUAUUUGUCUGGAAAAUGUCAAAUGAAUUGGUUAUCAUUUUUAAUACUUGUGCUGCUCUAUAUAUCGCGGUCCAAAUUGUUUCAAAGAUGACCGUCAUGGAAGCAAGGAAAGGGAGAUCGAAUGGGUUUCCCGUCUCUGAAUACGGCAACGACAGGCAGACACAGUGUUGUUCGGACCCACGUCACACCCAUCGUCGCAGGCGACAAACAGAGGUACUUGUGGCGCUCUUUCUUGAAAUGGCUACAUAAUACACGUGACUCCUGUGAUGAUGCAUUAAAAUAUGAAUUUGAAAGUUACCUACAGUCGUCACUUUUGUUGUCUUUUUCAUGAAUUGACACUUUCAUGUAAAGUACUAUUUUGCAUUGGGGGGGGGAUCUUCCAAUCUGACCUGAAUAAGCAGAAGGGUCGAUGUAUUGAGCUAUGUAAUUCAAGAAAAGGAAAAUUUUGCAAGUUUUCUGAAAUUAUGUGGUGCUGUGUAGAACAAAUGUACAUCCAUACAAACACCUGUACAUAAGUAAGUAAAUCAGUAAGUAGAAAGUAACCCUUUUGAGCAAGUUGUGACUUCGGCCCUGAAAUUGAGAAUCAGACAACCGUGCAUUUUAUUUGUUACCAUGGCAAUGCCCUUUCCUUCGACCCAAACAUUUAUGAGUUUCUCCAGUAAUUGCCAGAGGAAUUAUUGAGGCCAGUUUAACCGCGAUAAGACUUGCCGUACGGAAGUAGGCCCCCAAAGCGACUUUCCCCCACUGACACGGGUUAGUAAAAUAGGGACCGAAACGCACGAACGCAUUAUUAUAAAUUAUCGUGGCAAAAAAAGCCUUUAAAUCGUGUCCAGUUGGACUGAAGCUUCACAGAAUGGAUACCUUUAUACUCCUAUAACGUUUUGAAAAAUAAAAUUGCCAUGAAACAGCAUGGACUUAAAGGUAAACGAAUGUGUUCUACCGCCAUUGACUAUGAA